UUCACCACUACCUUCCAUCUUUGGUGAGUUGAGUUGAAUUAAAACUAAUAAUACAUUUUUCUUAUUGUUAUACUAGUAAUUGUAAAAUCUUUUCUGUCUUUUUAGAUUAAGAAGAAUGGCUGAUGUCAAAUCUAGAUUAACACAAGAUGAGGUAGAGCAACUGCAUCAUCUGUUGGGGAGCAGAAGCUUAAGUCUUCUCUAUAAAGCAAGCGUCCAUGGUUACAAUGCUUCUAUAUUUCAUGCCAAGUGUGAUGCACAAGGGCCAACUGUAGCAGUAGCAUAUAACGGAAGUGGUUAUGUUUUUGGAGGAUUUACAAAUCAGUGCUAUGUUUCAUCUGGAGGGUACAUAAGUGACGAGAAGGCUUUUCUCUUUAGAUUAAAAAGCAAAGAGGGUGUGCUCAGCCCACUAAAAAUUCCUGUUAAAACUGCAACAUCUGCUAUAUAUGACCAUAGUUCCAAUGGCCCUAAUUUUGGCGGUGGAGCACUGCAGUUGUUGGACCAAAAUGCAGCAGCAGCAGCAACAAGUUCUAACGACAACUACACAUUCAAUGUUGCUGACUUGCAUGGAAAUGAUCUAGGCCUUACAGAAUGUGAGGUGUAUCGAGUUGAAGAUAUUAGCAGUUUCCUGGAAUCUCCAUGGAGGAAGAUUACAUGGACAACUGAGGAAAGAGGGAAAAUAAUGGAGGAAAUCAGAUCUUACAAACCUUAUUUAAACUCAGUGCCACAGAUUCGGAUUUUGGUUCUUGGUCCAGUUGGAGCUGGGAAGUCCAGUUUUUUCAACUCUGUGAAUUCAGUUUUCCGAGGUUAUGUGACAAGCCAAGCCCUAGCGGGAUCUGAUAAUGCUAGCAUGACAACACAGUACAGGACUUACCCAGUUAAAGAUGGAAGCAAUGGCAAGCCUCUGCCUAUUAUCCUCUGUGACACAAUGGGCAUAGAAGAAAAAUCAGGAACAGGUCUGGAAAUUGAUGAAGUGUCCAACAUAAUAAAAGGCCAUGUUCCUGAUAGGUACCAGUUUAAUCCAGCUGCCACCCUUCGUCCAGAUUGUCCAGGCUAUAUCAAGACCCCUUCUCUGAAGGAUCAGAUUCAUUGUGUUGCAUUUGUUAUUGAUGGGUGCAAAAUUGAGAUUCUCCCUGAGAAACUGGAAGACAAGCUGAAACAGCUUCGAAAGAAAGUGAACCAGUUUGGGAUCCCACAACUGGUUUUGCUAACUAAAGUGGAUGAAAUUUGCUCUACUCUUGAAGAUGUCAAGUGUGUGUAUAAUAGCAAAGCUGUUGAGAAACAGAUGCGGAUAACUGCAGAGAAACUUGGAAUCCCUCUUGCUCAAAUUGUACCUGUUAAAAACUACUGCUCCGAGUUGGAUCUUUCGUGCGAUGUUGACAUCCUGUUACUUUCCGCCGUGAGGCAGCUUAUACGUUUAGCAGAAAGCUACCUUGACAAUUUCCCUUUUGAGAGGCCAAAGGAAGAGCUCUAACCUUGUUUACCUGUGACGCUGGAUAUUUUAUGUGCUAACCUUUUAAAAAUUCUGACAUCAGAAGUCAAAUCUGUUGCUGCCCUAAGCAGAUGCAACUCCAUUGACUUCAGUGGAGUUGCACUUGCUUAUGACAGUGGUGAAUUUGGCCCAAUGGUUCUAUAUCUUGUUAUUGCCUACGUAAGAUUAAUGGUAUUUUUGCAUGCAUCAAGGGAAGAAUAGAUUCUCCAGCUUUCAAGGUGGUAUCCCUUUAUUAAACAUUCCACAUUCUUAGUCUUCUCCUAACCUUCCAGUCAGAGACAGCCCUUUCCACUAAAAGAAUCAUUUGCAUAAACCUUUUAAGGAAUUGCCUAAAAAUAUUCCUUCCUCCACAUGCAUCCGACAAAGUGGGUAUGCACCCACAAAAGCUCAUGCUCCAAUAUGUCUGUUAGCCUAUAAGGUGCCACAGGACUCUUUGCUGCUUUUACAGAUCCAGACUAACACGGCUACUCCUCUGAUACCUUCCUCCUAGUAGUUCAUGCGAGUUGCUUGCUGCUAGUGCUAGUUGCUGUGCAUUCUAUAUGUUCUUUACUUUUAUUCUUUAAGUUUGUUAUGCUAUAUGUUAUACUAUAUAACAGUGACACUGGAACCUUUUUAAUAGUGGGGAUACUGAAAGCUAUACCCUUACUUUUAUCCACCCCUACCCCCUCAGAGCUGAGGCAGCCGGGACCCCAGGCGCAUGGGGCCGGGAGCCCGGACUUUGGGUGCAUGGGGCCGGCAGCCUGGAGCCUGGGGGUGCUGCAGCACCACCCGCACCCCUAGUUCCCGUGCCUACGCUAUAUCAUAAAGUAGUUUUCAUACCAACAUUUUAUAGCUACAAGCACAUAUGUGAAAAUUAAUAUUCACCUACAUGUUCAUAUUUCUCACUGCAGCCAUUAUAAAGAAUAGAG